GACUCAGAAGCGCGCCCCGAAGCGAGGCGGCACGCCGGCCCCAAUAGACGGUCUUCGGCCAUGAUGUGUCACUCGGGCUUCUCAGCCGGCUACUGCCGUGCCAGAAACUCCAUUGAGUAGCUGCUGGCGAAAAACCAACGAAACAACAUGGUAGGGACACCACAGGGGGACAAAGUAGUUUCAGCAGUGAAAGCUGGCAGUUUGUUACCCCCUGGGAAGCUACUGAGGAUGAUAUGAGAACGCAGUGGACUCUGCGUACUCCUCCAAGGCCUGGAGCAGCCGAGUACACAGCAGCCCGAGACUCACAUUUCAUCCCCAAAGUGGUCAAGGAUUAACAACUUUUGGCUCAGUCUGCAUCAGCUAAUAACAUCACGACUCCUUGACCCAGCCUCGGCCUUAUAUUAAACUCGGAGGGUGACUGUUAAUUAGAGCGGGAACCACUUUGCCUCAGGGAAAAAAAAACCUUAUGUGCCUGCCUGUCUGAGCCUCAGGUGAAGGCUUAUAACCCUGCAUUGCCACCAAGAGCCCCCGGUGUCCUGCUGACCUGCUGCACAGGUGGCGGGCCCAAGCGUUGUGCUGCUGUCACUGCAUCUGUGGUGGCAGUUAUGAGUGCUGUUGGUCGGGAUUUAUCGAGAACUUGUAGUCCAUUUACAGCGACCAACAGAAAGUUUACAAUUCCAUUAAGCUGGAGCUGACAUUGCAAAAGUCAUUCCUACUGAAGAACCACUCACCGCGUGGGGAGCAACCACGAGGGGUCUUUUAAGGACGAGAACCUGCCUCCACCUCAGGCUCAUUUGGUAUUGUCUUGACUAUUAAUUCCUAUCCUGCCUGUCAAUCCUCACACAAGACCCCUGCCGGUAAACUCAGCCCUUAAGAAAUAACCACAUCUUUGUUUGGAGGUGCCAUGCCAACCAACCAGUCUUCCCCCUGGGGUGGGGGGAAGCUGCAGACCUCCUCUAAUGCAGAUAGUCCCACCACUGUAACCUCCGUCAGUACACACGCCAAGGCAGUUGCAGCCCCUAAGGUGCCUUUUAGUCAGACUUCCCUAGAGCUAUUCAGGCAAAAGGACCAAGCCAAACCUCCUUCCUCCAAUGUUGCCUCUUCUGCUUCACCCUUGAGGCAGACAAAAGUGUCCCUCCCUGGGGCUUCUGUAUGGAAGAAUGGGGACGGACAUAAAACCAACACCCAGAGCCAACUGACCGCUGUGCCAGAUGGGUCUCCAACCCUGCCACAACAACUUAAUGGGAUUCAAAUCCCAAACAAGGUACUGGCAACAGGACCGAAGCAGCCUGGCAGCAGCCUCACAGGGACCGAUGCCCCUUCCUCCAUCCCCAAGAAAGAAUGCCAGUUUGGGUUUAAUGUUCUGCUGACAGGGACCAUGCAGAAAUGCACGUCGCUCCAAAGCUCUCAAGCUGAAAACGGUCUCGCAAUGAGCAGAUGUCAGGCUGCCACGGGUUAUUCACCAUUGGGACUGGAGCCUCUUUUGUCAGUUUGUCAUCAAGACCUGUUCAUCAAAGGACAGUCCACUCUGCAGCAAACUAACAAGCUGAUGCUUCAGGCUGCAGACUGUUCCUCUCUGCCAUCAGUGCCUCCUCUAUGCCUUACUCUUAGUGAACAUCAGGGGGCAGCAUUGGGAAAGGAUGCCUCCAGACUUGAUAGCACAAAAGUAGAAAUAAAAAGCACAGCAAGAGAAACAACAACUACAACGAGGUGCCAUUCAGCUAAACCAGCAGCAAAAUGCAGUCAGACACAAAACCGUUGCACAAUAAUACCUGAUUUAAACAAUCAGUUGCGAGUAAGAGGUGGUCCUCCAGCACUUUUAGCAGCAACUGCAAACAGCGAGCCCCAAACAAUGGCAUCACUCAACGUAAACAAGCAGGCCCCAGAAAGUCAAUAUCCACCUGGGAGCACCCUGUCCACAUGCAGAAGAAUCAGUCCUCCGGAGGUCAGUCCCUUUCCAAAUGGCCCCAUGCCAACUGUGCCCAGUGCCAGUGUCUGUGCCACUCAGGAGCAGCAGCCCACACCGCCGGAUGUCAUCCCAGACGUGGCCUCCUGUUCUGAAGGAACCUUGGUGGGUUCUGUGACCACUCAGAUCUCCGCUAUCCACCUAACCAAGCCGGGGCAGCCUGCUUCCAUGUCAUCUUCAUCUCCAUCACCUUCUUCUUCACCCUCGCCGACAGAGGAGUGUCCUGUUGGAGAGACUCAGCCGUCUGGCCUUUUAUUAAUUGUUUCCAGCCCGGAGUGCGUUAUGCAGGUGGAUGCAGGUGAGGAGGAGCUGCCCGAUGAGCUGGAAAAUGCAUGUAGUGACGACGACGAUUCAGACUGUUCAUCCAUCAAUGGCGCUUCAUCUACAGCAUCCAUCGCUCUCCUUUCUGGUGUUGAGGAGCCGAUGUUAUUGGGGGCAGAAGAUGAUCGAGAAGAGCGACCAGCACUGGUUCCCAGUUUGUUCCCCCUCAUUCGUCCAACACUCUACUUCAGCACCGCCAGUGAGAAAGUUGAACUGCUGCCUGCAGAACAAAGACGACUGCUGAAAUGGAAGAUGAGCACCGUCACUCCUAAUGUGGUCAAACACACCAUUGCCAGGUCACACUUCAAAGUCACCAAGAAAAGCCAUGACUGGCUGGGCUGCUGGGGACACCACAUGAAGUCUCCUGGCUUCAAGGCCCUCGGGGAGCACCAGAAGUUGAACCACUUCCCAGGAACGUUUCAGAUAGGCAGGAAAGACCGGCUGUGGAGGAACCUGUCCAAGAUGCAGGUUCGCUUUGGUAAACAAGAGUUCAACUUUUUCCCCCGGACCUUCGUCCUUCCUCAGGACAUCAAGCUGCUCCGCAAAGCCUGGGAGGAAGGUGGCUCCAGGCAGAAAUGGAUCAUCAAACCUCCUGCAUCAGCCAGAGGAAUAGGUAUCCAGGUCAUCCACAAAUGGAGCCAGAUGCCCCGUAAGAGACCACUACUGGUCCAGAAGUACCUUCACAAGCCCUACCUCAUCAGCGGUAACAAGUUUGACCUGAGGAUCUAUGUCUAUGUGACAUCCUAUGACCCGCUCAGAAUUUACAUCUUCACUGACGGACUGGUUCGAUUCGCCAGCUGCAAGUAUUCGUCUUCCAUGAAGACUCUGAGUAACAAGUUCAUCCACCUGACCAACUACAGCGUCAACAAGAAAAACUCUGAAUACCAGACUAACAGUGAUGACAAGGCCUGCCAGGGACACAAAUGGGCUUUGAAGGCCUUGUGGCAGUAUCUCGGUUCUAAGGGAAUCAACACAACUCUGUUAUGGGAGAAGAUUAAAGACAUUGUGAUCAAAACCAUCAUUGCGUCAGAACCGUACGUUAACAGCCUGCUGAAGAUGCACGUUCGGACACCUUACAGCUGCCACGAGCUAUUUGGCUUCGACAUCAUGCUGGACGAGAACCUCAAACCCUGGAUCCUGGAAGUUAACAUAUCACCCAGCCUCCAUUCCAACACGGCGCUGGAUGUUUCCAUCAAAGGUCAGAUGAUCAGAGAUCUCCUGAACCUGGCUGGCUUUCGUAUUCCGCAAAGAGAAGAUGUGGUCGCUCCCUGCAGCAGCACCUCUAGCUCCACCAGCAGUCUCUGUGGAGGGAACAGGGAGAGGACCAAAUCAGAUCUUUCGGCUGAUGAGAAGGUUAAACGGGCAUUUUACCUCACACAGCGCUACGCCGACCAGGACUUCCUCUCUACAGUGUUGGACGUCUUAACUCCAGACGACGUUCGUGUGCUGGCAGAGAGCGAAGACGAGAUGAGCCGUCGGGGAGAGUUUGAGCGAGUUUUCCCAUCGCCGUCGUCAUCCCGCUACCUUCGCUUCUUCGAAUCGCCGAGAUACCUCACCAUCCUCCUGGAUCAGUGGGAACAGAAAUACUGGAACAACAGGACCAAGGGUAUCAGUCUGCUGAGGACUCUCUGUCAGAAAGGUGUCCAUCUGGGAACCAGUGACCCCGCUCAUAUAUGGUCCAAGUGUAGCUACAUCUCCAGGUUUGAACCCCAGAGACAAGACGUUGUCGGCCCUUCCAGAUCCAGGGUGGUGGUCAGCCAUCAGCACCGGAGCCAUCAUGAUGACACUGACGAAGGUUCGGACAGGGAAGUUGCUUCGGUCUCCAGCCUGCCUGUUUCGCCAAGUCCUGGAUCUAGUGUCAGCAGCAGUGCCUGUGCAAGCCCUCAGCCCAGCCUCACCCAGAGCCUGCUGCCCCAACAGUUUGCCUUGCUCUGAUGAUCUGGUUUGCUCUCAUGAUGCUCAGUACCCGGAACAGACACGAAGCUCAGGGUCUUACUGGGCCCUAUCCUCUUCCGUAGCAAACCCUCGCUCUGGGUAGAACUGUAAGCUUGAAGCCGAGUAUUAACAAACACUGUAGAAGGGCGUGAAUUUUGGUCUUUAAUAGAAUUGCAGUUGGCUAUCAAAUGAAGCAUUGCGGUAGGUGGCAAAUACUAAUGUGAUUUUUGUGAAGAAAGGGGACCCUUAAAAAAAUUAAAAAAAAAAUAAUAAAAUGCAGAAACUUUUUGAAUGUUGGGCUACUUUAGUGCUAAAAUCAAAAUGGCAGUCAGUUCAUGGCAGCUCAUCCUUUCUACUCUUCAAAUAAGCCUCCGUUACAGCUCCAUCAGUGAAAAUAUAAUAUUUUAAGGACAGAUAAGUGUUGUUGUUAUGUUGUAGCCCACUUAGUUCAAAUUACAUACAUCAUCCUGCCUAAACUUGAACCAUGCUGGUGAUACAUAUGGUAAUCCCUCACUGUGAGCUUUACGUCUGCUUAAUUUCAUUUCGUGCAAACUUUUCAAAUCAGUCAGCAGCAUAACCGUGCAAUGACUGUGCAAGUUUGACAAGAAUAGAAGGAAACAUGAUAGGUGUGACACUCUGAUUUAUUUCAGCACUAUAUCAGACAGAGUAUUAACUUUGUAUCGUUAACAGUUUUAGCAUGUGAACACACUUGUUAAGGCCAUGUUGUAACCUAUAUUAAAACAGCAUGAGGCACUUGGACAACAAUUGAAGCAGAUUUGACAUUCGUACAGUGAGACCGCUGCAUUGGUAUAACGUAGAACCAGUCAUCCAGCAAAAAAAGUGGAACUUGGCUCAUCUUUGCCCCAACACAACGUCAUCUGGCCAGAGUAUGGGCUGGCUACAUGUCCGAAAGAUACGUUACAGCUAGAACUCCGUGAUUCUGCUGUUUACUCAGCCAGUGUUGUGAAAGAGGAUGAUGACUGAGGCUGGAGUUGUCUCAUAGUAUUAUAAUCUGCUCUGCGGUGGCUUCAGAUAAGUCUUAAAGUAGCAACAUGCCCCUGCAUAUGCGGAGUCUUCUGUCUUUUUAAACCCGUGCCAUUUUCAGUCUGAGUGCCUCCGGAUCCCAUUGGCCCGCACACGCUGAUCCUCACUGGCUUCUGCUACUAAACCUAAACUGUGAAUAAAACCUGCUGGGCUUCCUCACAACUUAUAUCACAAAGCAAAGUUGGCAUAGGCUGUCGAUUUGUGUGUUGUGUAUAUAUACACACACUAGCAUAAAGAAGACUGCAAAGCCAACAUUGCCUUACGGUACAAAACAGUGGUCCAAAGUUGAGCUGAUAAAUAAUGACACAAUACUGUGAUUUCUCUGGUGUCUUUAAACCUCAGACUGUUGUUCGUUUGGUGUUAAGAGGACUGUUGAGCAACUAAUCGCACAAGUGUUAAUUUCUUAGCCUUAAAGACGUGUGUGUGUGUGUGUGUGUUUGUGUGAAAAUAGAGAAGACGAGGAAAAAAAGGCACUCAGUAGACAAAUGAAGGGAGAGAUGGGGAGUUGGAGAAGAGGAGCGCCGCAGGAAAAGACCAUUCUGAGCUCACCGGAUGUCCUGUGGUGUGCUGAGAUCUCUGCAGCUCAUUUCAAACAUCUUUCUAACGUCUCAAGUGUCACCACUUAAUUUUAAUUUCAUUGGUUGGUGGUAGUGUGUUUAACAAAACCUUAUUUUGAUUCCUUGAGUUUGACUUACAAUAUGUUAAAAUACUUGGAGAUGAAAAUUUGAUUAUUCGGUCUGUGGACAAAAAAGUUAAUAUUACCAACCACAUUUGUAAUUUUAACUCAAAGCAGUUUAACUCAUAUUGAAGUCGUCUGAUAACAGCAACCUAAUUAGACUUUGAUUUUCUUUUCUGAUGAUUACUUGUACACAAAAGAUAGUUUAUAGAAUUUAUUGAAAGCUGCAAAAAUGCAAGUCCAGCAGCAGAUUUUAACCCACCACAACCUGACAGUGUAUUUCACUGACACCAACUUGUGUCGGUUAAAUGUUUCUAGAAAGUUCCACUGAGGCUCGUUAACACCGUGUGUUGAGCGGUUGUAAACUGAGUGCUGGACUGGGCUUCAGUGUUUGCUGUUUGAGGGGAACCAGUUUCGGAGUUCUUAUUGUAUCCUCAGGAAAAGAAAAAAAAAGUGUGUGUAUUUCAAAAAUAUACAUCUACUGUGAGGACACUUUCAGAAAUGUAACGUGAAACUACUUGAAGUUGAAAUUAUUUGGGUACACUUCCUCUUAAAGCCAGUAUCUAUCUUAACAAAGUGGUUGAAGAGGAGAAAGGUUUAGCUGUCACAUGGAAACAUCUGCUACUGCUUCUGGAAGUCUCAGACUCACUUGUGUGAAUGUUUAGAAUUAAUUAAUUAAUUUACUAACAGAUUGCAAACUGCUGUGCAGUGUCAGUAUGUAGCACACAUUUAAAACUUCAAGGAACUUUUCAUUAACAUUUCAUUAUCAUAAAUGACAUAGAAGGAGAAAUGAGAAUGUAGAUGUAGUAAAAUGCUAUUUUAAAAAUAGUGAUUGCAUUUAAGCAAACUUGGAUGUGAUGUGGAAGCACAAGGUGGCGUCUGGAGACUUUUUCCCGGUGUACAGAGCUCUGUCUGAGUAACCAGGUGCUCCGCAUGGAGCUACACAAGGCACAGGCAAAUGGCCCAUUCACACAGAGAAGCAUCGCUGAGGGGAAAUGUUUUUAAAUUCAAUUUCAAACAUAGCUGCAACUACUGAUUAUUUCAUUCCUGGAUAGUCUAUUUAUUACUCUGUGUAAUAAUGUAUUAAUCGCUCAUCCUCUUCUACACCUCUUGUGAAACAUCUAGCAUCCUCAUGGUGCCCUGCAUUUCUCUGUCUGAACUGGGCCGUACACAGUAUUAGCCUAGCAUCACACAUCCACCGUUAGGAAGGCACCAACUGGCCAUCAUGGGUAGUUUUGUAUGUUUUUGCUUAUUCCUGAUUCGGCAUAAUAAAUAAAUAAAUCACGUAUAUUAAAACAUCUGUAGUUAUUUAAAAUAUAGGUUAAAAGAGCUAAAACGUAUAAAACCCCCAAUGUAGUCGUUCAACACACGUUAUUGUCCAUUAAGCUACUCUUAGGUAAUGACUCUCAGAGGGGUUUCGUUGGCCCUUGAGGCGUGAACCCAACUAGUUAACGAAUGAACAUGUCAACCUUCAUGGUGGAGAAUCAUUCUUACUGGAGUCUUAAUGCUUUCAUUUGACAAUACCGUCGACCGGCUCUGACACAUUGAACAGAUUCCACUUCACAUUGGAGCCACGCCACCGUCAUGUCUGUCGGCUGCUUUACAGAAUUUAUAUAUAUAUUACAAAAUUAAGUAAUAAUACUGCAUUUGAAGAUGUUUUUAACAUAACUGAAAUGUUAUAAAUAAGUGGAGAAGAUAAUAUUUUUACUAACUUGACAAUUGUAAAAUUUCUAUGUGAAAGGGCUGUAUGAGUUGCUCAGGAUGACUUUUUCAAAAUAAAAGUUAUUUGAG